CCCUUCCUCUUACAUCAAUCAAUUGAUUGAUUCCUUCCUUCCUCCAAAUUUAUUUCAAUUUCAAUACUUGACUUGAUUCAUUCCAUUUCUCUCAUUUCAAUCAAUCCAUUUCUUUCUUUUAAAUUUCCUCCUCAUCCUUAAUUCUCUAAGUUAUUAUUAAAUAUUAUAUUUCUAAAUAACAGUAAAUCAACCUGGAGUCAUGACAGCAUGAUUGCUUGUUCUCGCAUAGGAACCUUAGCGAAAUAUAUCGUGCACCCAAGUGGCUCCAGGCAAAGUGUGAUGCCCCAAUCUUCAUCAAGUGCAUAUUGUUUUCAUCUCUCACUUGGGUGUGCCAAACCAAGUUAUGUUACAAAGGACACCCGCCAAUCUCUUAUCAGGUCAGAAUCUGCUAACCAGAGGAGUAACUUGCAGUUUUCCACUAUCAAAAUCGCAAUGCGUUUGAGACGAGGUCAACACAAGGCACGGAUUGAUCUUUCGGCCAGAUCCAGCAAUAUGAACUUGAGGCUUUUAUUUCCAAAACAAGGGAUUAUUUCAAGAAUGAAAUGGAGUUUGGUACCUGGUCAGUGGUGGCAAGGAUGUACUGUAGCUGGACUUGGAUUGGGAUUGUCCAUUUGUAAUUCAACUUCUGAGCCAGUACAUGCCGAAGCCAAAGAGAACAAAGUAGAUGAAAGUAGUUCCUCUUCUACCAAUUAUUCACAUGGAAAGCAAGUCCACACAGACUAUUCAGUUAUAGGAAUUCCUGGAGACGGGAGAUGUUUGUUUCGAGCUGUUGCUCAUGGAGCAUGUAUACGAUCAGGGAAGCCUGCUCCCAGUGAGAGCCUUCAAAGAGAGUUAGCCGAUGAAUUACGUGCCAGGGUAGCAGAUGAAUUUGUCAAGAGACGUGAAGAGACAGAAUGGUUUAUUGAAGGUAACUUUGACUCUUAUGUGUCACAAAUAAGGAAGACACAUGUAUGGGGAGGCGAACCCGAGUUGCUCAUGGCUUCUCAUGUUCUCAAGAUGCCGAUUUCAGUGUACAUGAACGACAAGGAUUCAGGUGGCCUCAUAUCCAUUGCUGAAUAUGGUCAUGAGUACGGUAAGGAAGACCCUAUCAGAGUAUUGUACCACGGCUUUGGCCAUUAUGAUGCUUUGCAUAUUCCUGGUAAAAAGGAUUCACGAUCCAGACUUUAGAAUUAUACAGCUAGUUCAUAUAUCCCAAAACUGUUGUACUUUAUAUAGGAUGAUUAGCACUGGAUAAUAAGAUUAACCAUGACAUGAAAAAUAAUGCAAGACGUCUCUCUACUUGUCACUUUUGACGUCAUCCCCUUAGCUGUUCAAGUUCUAGUAAAUGCUAAUGGCAAGACAAAUCAUUACCUCUGA